GUUUUGCUUUACUUAUAAUACUGAACUUAUGUAGGAUAUCCAGUGUUUCAUGCUUAAAUAGUGUUGGUGCAUUCCAUAGACUGGGCGUAUACAUAUAAAUUGGAAUUAUUUCUCAAAACUAAUUUCCUUCAACGAGAACUUUAUUGUCAACGUUGAACCGGAAGUCGUUUUUUUUUUUCUUUUUCUGCGCAACUUGACAGCGGAGCCAAAGAAAGUGACGUUGCAGGACAAACAAACGGAGGAGAGGCAGCUCGGACGGAGACAGAGAGGCAUCCCUGACGCUGACAUUCUGUAUAAAAAAAAAAAAGAAGAAAAAAAAUUAUUUCGGAUAAUGCAGUCUUCCAAAAGGAGCGAGGGGGACUGGCAGGGGCUCGUCAGCGAGUUCCUGGUUUGUAAACGCAAGCUGGAAAGUAAAAAAGAGGCCCUGCUCAUUCUGUCCAAGGAGCUGGAUACCUGUCAGCAGGAAAGAGACCAGUACAAGCUGAUGGCCAACCAGCUGAGGGAGCGCCACCAGGGACUCAAGAAAAAGUACAGGGAACUCAUUGAUGGUGACCCCUCUUUGCCACCAGAAAAACGCAAUCAAGUAAACCUGGCUCAGCUGGUGAGAGACUCAAGGGAGCGAGCGAAACAGCUGGCUGAGGAGGUGAAGGAGCUGACUCAGAGGCUUACCGAGGCCCAGGGCGAUAACAAGCUGCUGAGAAUGACCAUUACUCGACAGAGGCUGGGGGAUGAGGAGGUGGGCACGCGCCAUUUCCCCGCCCAUGAACGUGAGGAUCUAGUUCACCAGCUAGAGAGAGCAGGGCUACAGAUGGAGGAGAUGGAGCACAACAUGAAGGCUCUGGCGGACGAGCUGCAGGACGUGAAGUCGGAGCGCAGUGUGUUCAGGGAGAAGACCUACCGACUCAACGUGGAGCUCAACCACAUCUUGGGCAACCGUGAGUCACGCAUCAUUGAUGUGGAUGCCCUCUGCAUGGAGAACAAGUACUUGCAUGAGCGUCUCACCCAACUACAAGAGGAAGUGAAGUUGCUGAAAUCCAACAUCAUGAAGUACAAGACAGCUCUUGAGAGGAGAAAAAACUACAGCACAUAUGGGAAAUCAAACAGCAGUCCUCUAACUGGCGUCCUCUCAGCCAAACAAGUUCAGGAGAUGCUCCUGGAAGAGCAUGGCUGCAACCUGCCAGCCACGCCUCAGUCCAUCUCCGACCUCAAGUCCCUGGCCACGGCUCUGCUGGAGACCAUUCACGAGAAGAACCUGGUCAUCCAGCACCAGAGGCACACCAACAGGAUCCUUGGAAACAGAGUAGCUGAUUUGGAAAAGAAGCUGAAGACGUUGGAGGUUUCAGGACUGUGGAGUCUUCCAGGCUUGACCUACCGCGUAUCCGUGGGAAUUGGGAGGACACGAGACAAUAUGACACUGAAUGAAAACCUUCAACCAGAGCUUCAUCCAACACGUGCCAAAACUCAGCCAAACAUGCAGCCACCCAAAAACGACAGAAGUUCACAUGAAUCAUCGUGGGAAUGCCACACCACUGGCAGCAAUGUUGGCACAGAUGGUGUCAACAGGGAAGACACACCUGCACAGCUCAACAGCCUGGAGCCUCUGGUGGGGGUGGAGACGAAUGGGAUUGACAAGAGAGGGGGAGAAAUCGAGACCCUAACGGAAGAUGGAGCCGCUUUAGGGCUGGAGGAGGGCCAGAGUCCAGUGGAAGAGGCGGGGCAUGAGGAAGAGGGAGAAGAGGAUGAAGAACUGGGUUCCACGGUGGAGGAAGGAGAAGAGGCAGCUCUGGCGCUGGGUGUAAUGUCCACUGAGUCAGACCUCUCAUGGCUUCCAAUUAAAGAAGCCUCUUUUGAUCAUUCAGAAGUGGGUCAUGAGUCAAAACAUGCUCCUGAACAUGUAGAAGACUCUGUAUCAAUUCCAGAGAACCAGUCCACAAAGGUUUCGAAUACAGGGGACUGGGACAUUGUGGAUCUGCGCAGUGACACCUGUCAUAGUGACAGCUUGGCAUGAUCUGACGUCACUGAAAGACUUAUUUAAAUCCACGUCCUUGUCGUUCCUAUUGAUAAUUGCAUUAAUCAGCCUUUCUUGCAUUCACACACUGUGGCCACUGCUCACUAGCUCCCUGCUCCGCCUAGCAGCUCUGUGUUACUCAAUAAAACAGAGGAAAACAACACUUUUUCAGCCACCGUUGAAAGAGCCAGAGGUGCACUAGACUGGGUUGUUGCUGCUCUGGAACACAAAAUCUUGAAAUCAAUGGAGUUGCAAACUUCAUGCCCUAAAGGAAGAAUUUAGCUAGGAAAAUAACAAAUAUGGCAACCUCAACUCCUGUGCUCUAUAAGAUAAUCCCAACUGUUUGAUUCCUUGAUGCCAAUAAACUGAGUGCUGCAUUUUGUUACUUUCAUAGGGGGUCAAAGUUGGCUUACCCAAACUUAAUGAAUGUGUUGUACCUGUCUUUUGAUGUCUAUUCCUCUGUACGAUUAGGUGAAUCUUACUAAUCCAUCAGUUAUUUAUUAAGAAGUUGAUAUUUGGAUGAAACUAUAUGUGCCUUAUAUGUGGAAAUAUAGACUGAUAUUUAUUAUUAUAAAUGCAUAAACCCGCAAAAUGACCUGUCUUGAAGUUGGACUUAUCUGACCCACACACAUGCACCCAAAACAAUCAAUUGUAUGAGAACAUGAUUGUAACAGUAUCCACUUUAAAUGACUAACUGUAACAGUCAAUGAAGAGGUACUUGAGUUCACCUGACAAGGCUCAUGGUAUUUUGGGAAACACUGGUCUAGUGACAUUGAAAGUUCUUUAUUGAUAUUUGUAUCCGGUUCCUCCUGAAGCUACAAACCACACAAGCAGGAUUUUCCUCUAAACUACACUUCCACUCUGACACAGAGACUGACUUUGAGAACUCUGUGCAACAUUUGUUUGAUAAGGUUUGUUUGAUAGCAAUGUUCUGAACCAGAAAAUGAGCCCAUAUCCGCAGAAAAUCGCUCCGACUAAUUUCAAGUGUUCACAAGGUUGGUCUCUCAUUAAUUCUAAAUGCAGCAGUCACAGUCUUUUGAUUGUUUUACAGAUUAGAGCAGCUUAACUUGAUUCUCUUCUUUCCAGCCUUGGGAAAAAAUUAAUCACAAAUCGAAAUUGUGUUGUCUUAAAUCCUAGAAAUAUUCAACUUUUAUUUUUAAUUGAAUUAACAUAUCCAUUUUUGUAAGGACAUUUAUUUCGGUUAUCCAUGUACGAAACAAAAUUCUAUAUAUUUUCCACUUUUUAGGGUCUUAGAAGGUAUUUUUCAGCUCGGUGUACAUACACAUGCA